AUGGACGACCAAGUGCACAAGCCUCACCGCAAGGCGAAGGACAAGAAGAAAGGUCAUACUGGAGAUCGAAACCCCAAGGCUUUCACCUUCUCCAACCCCGGAAAGCUUCUAAAGUCCAACGCGCGAUCUGCCGACAUCAAAGAAAGGCGAUUUCAUGUGCCUCUCGUCGACCGACUCCCCGACGAGCCGCCACCAAAGCUGGUCACCAUCAUAGGACCUCCUGGUGUCGGCAAAACGACUCUACUCAAAUCUCUGAUCCGUCGAUAUGCGAAGGAGACCAUUUCCGACCCCCAGGGUCCCAUCACCGUUGUUACAUCAAAGAAGCAGCGGCUGACAUUCGUCGAGUGUCCCAAUCAACUCGAGGCCAUGGUCGACUUGGCCAAGAUCGCAGAUAUCGUCCUGCUGAUGAUCGAUGGCAACUACGGCUUCGAGAUGGAGACAAUGGAAGCCUUGAAUAUAUUUAGCUCCGUCGGCAUGCCCGGGAACGUCUUCACGAUUCUGACUCACUUGGACUUGUUCAAGAAAGUUCAGACUUUGAAAGAUGCGAAGAAGCGGAUCAAGAGGAGACUUUGGAGCGAGCUCUACCAAGGCGCACACCUCUUCUAUCUCUCAGGAGUUAUGAAUGGGCGUUAUCCUGACCGUGAGAUUCACAAUCUCUCGCGCUUCCUCUCCGUGAUGAAGAAUCCGCGACCAUUGGUCUGGAGAAACUCCCAUCCUUACACCAUCGUCGACAGCUACCGAGACAUCACCCAUCCGACCAAGAUCGAGGAGGACCCCAAGUGCGACCGCUCUGUUGUUGUUUCAGGCUACCUCAGAGGAACUAACUUUGCCUCCCAAGGCCAAAGAGUGCAUAUUCCCGGCCUUGGGGACUUUACCGUCGCCAACCUCGAGGUGCUUCCAGACCCCUGCCCGACUCCAGCUAUGGAACAAGCCAUGGCAAAGAUUACAGGCAAGACGACACGCCGACGCCUAGACGAGAAGGAGAAGAAACUAUACGCCCCCUUGUCAGAUCGCAGCGGUCUCAAGAUCGACGGUGACGCAAUUUGGAUCACAAGGGAAAAGGGGUUCAACUUCGACAAGGACGCCGAAGAUGGCGAGAGGGGCGAAGGUGAAGAGCUCAUUGUUGGACUUCAGGGUGAGCGGAAGUUGCUAGGUCAGACUGAGGAGGGUGUCCAGCUUUUCAAGGGCGGCGAACAAUUGAAAGACGUUGUCGAGGACAAUGAUACUGGCCGAAAGACCCAACGAUUUGCGCAUCUCCCGGACCGGGAUGGAGAGUCCGAUGAGGAGAUGGUCGAUGACGAGGGUUUCGUCAGUGGUGAAGAGGAUGGCGAGUCUGACGUUGAAGAAGAAUUCGACGAGGGCAAGCUCGGCAAGAUCUUCCUCAAGGAUUCUGAAAGGGAUGGCGACGAUGAGGAUGUAGCCUUCGCUGACAGUGACUCUGACCUCGGAUCCAUUUCUGGGCUGGAAGAUGAGGACGGGGACAUGGAUGGUGAAGGCUUCGACUCGGACGAGGAGGCGGCCGCUCUGAAGUGGAAGGAAAACAUGGCGGAGCGCGCCAAGAGGCUGCAUGGCAAGAGACGUUCCUAUCAUAUACCGGAUCUCGCUAGGUUCAUGUAUGACGACUCUAUAACACCACAGGAAGCACUGAAGAGGUGGCGUGGUGAGGACCGAGAGGGGGAAGAAGAUAUCGAAGCUUCAGAGGACGACGACGAUUUCUUCAAAAAGUCCAAACAGGAGACGGACGACAAAGUGGAGGAUAGGUCGAUACCCAUGUACGACUAUCAGGAUUUGGCCGCAAAGUGGUCUCUUCAGGCAAAUGUGGAGGCAUUGAGGCGCCGGUUCACAACAUCGGCGUCACGAGGUGGGGAUGACGAUGAAUUUGACGGCAUCGAUGAUGACCAGGACGAUGACGAAGGCGACGGUGUCUUCGAGGACCUGGAAACCGGAGAACAGCACGGCCCCGAAGAGCCCGACGAAGAGGAAAACUUCGAGGACGAGCGUGAAAGGAACGCGAAACGCAAAGAGGAACUCAAACUACGGUUUGAGGAAGAAGAUAGGGAAGGAUUCCUCAACGACAAAGCAAAUGCCCAGAGGGAAGGCGGCGAACAGGAAUUCGGCGAGGACGAGUGGUACGAAUCGCAAAAGGCCCUUAUCCAGAAGCAGCUGGAUAUCAACAAGGCAGAGUUCGAAAACCUUGACGAGAGGCAGAGAGCUGUUGUCGAGGGCUUCAAGGCCGGCAAGUAUGCCAAGAUUGUCCUGGACGGUAUUCCGGCCGAGUUCGUUCAGAUGUUCGAUGCGAAGAUGCCUCUAAUUCUUGGUGGUCUGAGCCCUACCGAGGAUCGCUUUGGAUAUGUGCAGGUCCGAAUCAAAAAGCAUAGGUGGCACAAAAAGAUUCUCAAGACGAACGAUCCAUUGAUCUUCUCCCUCGGCUGGAGGCGAUUCCAGACCAUGCCUAUUUACAGCAUCUCAGACUCGAGAACGAGAAAUCGCAUGCUGAAAUACACACCAGAGCAUAUGCAUUGUUUCGCAACCAUUUACGGUCCACUCAUCGCGCCCAACUCCGGCUUUGUUUGUUUCAAUUCCUUCUCGUCAUCUAACCCUGGCUUCCGGAUUGCAGCAACGGGGACAGUCCUCAGCGUCGACGAAUCAACCGAAAUCGUCAAGAAGCUCAAGCUCACGGGUACUGCCGACAAGAUCCACAAGAACACGGCCUUCAUCAAGGGCAUGUUCAACUCGUCGCUCGAGAUCGCGAAAUUCGAGGGCGCGUCCAUCAAGACAGUUUCCGGCGUGCGUGGUCAGAUCAAACGUGCACUGUCCAAGCCGGAGGGCCAUUUCCGUGCCACCUUCGAAGACAAGAUUCUGUACAGCGACAUCGUCUUCCUGCGAGCAUGGUAUCCUAUCAAGCCACAUCGCUUCUACAGCCCCGUAACAAAUCUCAUCGGCUGGCAGGCGAUGCGGCUUACGGGUGAGGUGCGCCGCGCUGAGGGCAUCGAGACACCUUCGCAAAAGAACAGCCAGUAUCGCAAGAUUGAGCGCGAGACUCGCCACUUCAACCCUCUGCGCGUGCCCCGUGCCCUCGCCGCCGAGCUGCCCUUCAAGUCACAGAUUGUGCAGGCUCGCAAGCAGAACAAAGAGACCUACAUGCAGAAGCGAGCUGUCGUGCUCAACAAGGAGGAGAAGACGGCGCGCAACCUGCUGCAGCAGCUUACCACGAUCCGCAACGACAAGGUCGCUCGCCGCGCCGCCAAAAAGGAGGAGAAGCGUGCCGAGUACCGCAAGAAGCUGGCCGAGUCUGAGGAAAAGAAGGAGGCGAGGGAGAAGAAGGAGAGCAAGGAAUUCUGGCGUAAGAACGGCAGAAAGCGCCAAGCAGCGGACGAGGGGGCCGGCGGCGGAGGUCAGAAGCGUAGGAAGUAG